AUGGCACCCAAACCAGUGAUACAGCCUAAACCAUCCCAACAAGAACUUGAACAAGGCACUAUAACACGAUCUUCUUAUUUACAAAAAUUUAAAGUCCUUUACGACUAUGUAGGCGAUGAUAUUGAAAUAGCCGAAGGGGAUAUUGUUGUAAUCGUUGGGGUUGAAAACAACGGAUGGGUUUUAGCACAAAUUGGACAUGAAAAGGGUUUUGUUCCCGCAACAUAUGUACAACUUUUAGAAAAUCAAGAUGAAGAGAUCUUCUGUGUAACAGAUCUAUACUCAGGAGAAGAAAUUGGAGAUUUGACAUUGACAAUAGGUGAUGUUGUAAAAGUAGUCAACCAGCGAAAGUCAGGCUGGGUUUGGUUAAAUCAUAAUCAAACAGAAGGAUGGUAUCCCAAAAAUCAUUUGAAGCUUAAAGACAAUUUCUCAGAAACAGGGAGUGCAUCAAACGUACAAGAAUACACUGGUUUGGCAAAAGUCGGUGAUGACAACAUGAAUGUGGAUAAAGGAUUAACUUAUGAUGAGAUGAACUAUGUACCCCCUCCAACUCCAGCUCGACGAACACUUUUAACAAACCGUCCGAAGACAAUGUCCCAUGAAAUGUCUCAAAAUACCUAUGGAAACACACCACAUGACAGUUAUGAGCCUAUAUUUCAUCGACCUAUUUUGCCUGAACGACUACAAAUAGUUCAGCCCCUAACAAUAACAGAGUCCAAAGAUACAACUUCCAGUGCAUACAGAAAUACUGCUUACGAUACGGAGUCAAAUCCAAGAAGUACGGAUGGAGAGACACUUGAUUCAUGUGGCCAUGUCUAUGAUUAUAUUCUAGAACCUGGAAUUGAACAAUCAUCAGACAAGCCAGCACUUCCAAAACGACCGCCACCCCCAUCUAAAUCUCAAAGGCCGCAAUCUGAAGGAAGACGGGAAGAGAAUGAACUUCGAUUAGUCAUGGUAGGUAGGACUGGAUCUGGAAAAAGCGCAACAGGAAAUACAAUAAUGGCAAAAUCAGAACAUUUUGAAUCAAAAUUAGCAGGUGAGUCAGUCACUCGUGAAUGUAAAAGAGGAGAAUGUACCCAAUCAGGACGUAAGAUAGUGGUUGUAGAUACACCUGGAUUAUUCGAUACGCAAGUCCCUUUCGAACAGAUUUCAAAGGAGAUAAUAAAAUGUGUAAAUAUGUCUACGCCAGGUCCUCAUGCAUUUCUCCUUGUUAUUCAAAUAGCUAGAUUCACCGACGAAGAAAUUGAAACGUUUAAUCGUCUUUUUGACCUAUUUGGGGCUGAGAUGGGAAGAUUUGCUAUCAUUACCUUUACUAAAUUGGAUGAUCUUGAAAGGGAAAAAACCAGUAUGGAACAAUACAUAAAAAAAGCUCCUGCAAAACUGAAAGAGUUCUUAAAUCGAUGUCAAGGUCGAUAUAUUGCAAUUGAUAACAAAGCAUCAUCUGAGAAGAAAAAAACAGCGAAGGUUAAAACCCUUAUUCAGGUUGUUGAUUCCAUUGUAAACACAAACGGGGGGAAAUGCUAUACAAAUGACAUGUACAAGGAAGCUGAGGCCGCCUUACAAAGGAAAAUUAAAAAAGUAGAGGAGGAAAGAGCACUGGAAAAAAAGAAAGAGAUUGAACAAAUACAGUCAACAUUUGUUAACCAAAUGAAUACAAUUAAAAAGGAAAACAAAAAAUUAGCAAAACUGGUUCAAAAUAAUGGAGACUUACAACGACAGGUGAAAAAGGACAAAGAAAAGGCUCAACAAGAGAUUCAAAGAAUGUCAGAGGAAAUGAAGAAAAUCGACAAGAAACGUAAUGAAGAAAUAUACCAAAUAAAGAAGCAGGAAAAAGAAAAUAAAGAAAAACAGGCAAAGCAGUUAGACGAAAAGGAAAGACAACAAAUGCAAUUUUUGCAGAGUAUGCAACAACGACAGAUUGAUAUGGAUCGCAAGUAUCAGGACAUGGAACGACAGAAAGAUUUGCAGCUUUUAAAAGUGACUGACGACCAUGAUAAAAAAAUGGAAGCCGAAAUGCAACGAAUACUAGAUGGAAAUAACCAAAAAUACAAUGAAAUGAUGAAGGUUAUGGAAGCGAAAAAUAGUGCAAACGAAAAACUUCAGGAGCAAAUGGCACAACAGAACACAUCAAUACAAGAAAUGAUGCGUGUAAGAGAUAAGGAUUUCCUUAAACAACAAGAAGAACAUAGUAGACGAAUGGAAGAGGCGAAAGAUAGAGCAAACGAAACUCUCAGAUUGCAAUUGGACGAACAAAGAAAAUCUAUAGAAGCCACAACAAAUGCUAUUGUAUAUCAACAAAGAGAAAGGGAUAAAAGAAAAAGGGAUGAACACAGAGAGUCAAAUGAUAAAGCUUAUAAUAAACUUCAGGAGCAACUAGCAGAACAGAACGCAACAAUGAAGGCAAUGAUGCUGGAAAGAGAUAAAGAGUUGAUUAAACAGCGAGAUGAACACAAAAGACAAAUACAGGAGGAAAAAGAAAGAGUAACGGCAACCUUUCAAAUGCAAUUAGACGAACAAAAAAAAUCACAAGACGCUACAACGCAGGCAAUUUUACAAGGACAAAGAGAGAGUGACAAACGAAAAAGGAAAGAGUAUCAAAAUGCAAAAGAUAGUGACUUCCAAAAGCUUCAAGAAAAAAUGGAAACACAGAACGCAGCAUUGCAAAAUCAGAUAGUAGAAAGAGAUAAAGAGUUACAGAAAAAGCAUGAGGAACAUCGAAAACAUAUAGAGCAAGAGAAAGACAAAGCAAAUGAAACGCUAAGAAAUCAACUUGAAGAACAAAGAGAUAAAGAGAGAAAACAAAGAGAGGCAAACUUGGAACUAAAACAACAAAAUGAGAAAAUGCAAGAGCAGAUGAAAAACAAAGGAUGCAGGCAAUCUUAA